AUGCCCUUUACUGCAGUGCAAGAGUACGAGAACCAGACAAUAGUGAAGAAUAUUUUAUUGUUGAAUUUUUCCAAUGAUUGGUCCAUCAUCAUCUCCUUUUUGUUAUCCCUUAUUUAUUGCACUAUUCUGAUUGGUAAUUUCUGCAUUUUUAUCGUCAUUAGGGUUGAAACACAUCUGCACACACCGAUGUAUUUUUUUCUUAGCAAUCUCUCUGCAUUAGACAUAUGUUACUCCUCGACUACUCUCCCGACCAUGAUAUUCAAUAGUGCGACAGGCAACAAAAAGAUUUCCUUUGUCAAAUGUAUUGCACAGUUGUAUCUAUUUGUCUCUCUAGGUGGCGCUGAGUGUAUUCUUCUGGCUGUGAUGGCGUAUGACCGUUUUGUUGCCAUAUGUAACCCUUUGCGGUAUCCGGUGGUCAUGAAUGUAAAACUUUAUGUCAGUCUUGCAGCUGCAUCAUGGUUGAGUGGAUUCUUCAAUUCUAUCCUUCAUACGGUCAUGACUUCCAGACUUAAAUUCUGUCACUUGGAAGAGAGUGUAGAUCACUUUUAUUGUGAUGUUCCACCAUUGGUACAAGCAGCCUGUAACCCCACCAAGACCAGCAAAAUAUUAUUAUAUGUUAUUAGCGUGUUCCUUGGCUUCACCCCAUUUCUUUAUAUUGUUAUGACCUAUGCCCAGAUCAUCUCCACUAUCAUGAAGAUCAAGUCUUCUGCAGGACGAUGGAAGGCCUUUUCUACCUGUUCCUCCCAUCUCAUGGUAGUUACAGUGUUCUACAGUACUGCCAACCUUAACUAUAUUGGACCAACAGGUUACUCUGCUGAACUGGAAACCUUUGCAUCUCUCCUGUACAGCAUUCUGACGCCAGUUGUAAACCCAAUAAUUUACUGCCUGAGGAACAAAGAAGUCAAGGGGGCUUUGAGAAAAUAUUUCCGGAGAUUUUAUUAUAUGGCAUAUUAA